CACAUGUCUCUAGCCUCUACAUUCCUUCUCACUUCUACAGUCGCCUUUCUCUACUGGCUCUCCAGAGUCCACACAUAUACUGAAGCUCCUCUUGUCCUCUCUAUUCACUCAAGAUUUCUGAACCUAAGACUAUAAUCUCAUAUCUUUGGAUUAUAGGGAGGGACGAUGUCAGAAAAGGGAGGGAAAGGACCGGAGUUUAGUAAUGGAGGAAAAUCUGCUCUCAAAACUGGGGAGGAUGACAGUGCAGGGAAAAAGAAAGGAAGGAAAGUUCAAUUUGGUUCUGAAGAUUCACCUGAUGGAACUUUCGCGAGAUCUAAUGGCAAAGCGGAUACACCAUUUUCUAAAGGAAGCAAAGGUGGAGAAAGUGGAAAAGGCCAAACUUCAAAAGUUCCUCUUCCCUUGGAGCUCAGAGUUGAGCAAGAAAUUUAUGAGAAUACUGAAUGCCUGAUGGACUGUGAAGCUGCUGAAAUCUUAAAAGGAAUCCAGGAGCAAAUGGUUAUACUGUCUGAAGAUCCAACUAUAAAGCUUCCUGUGUGGGUAGCAUGUUAUUUCUUUUGCUAUUUUUUUCAGUAGAAGAUGAUUUUUUCAUUUUCUGUUAUGUCUCCGAUUGGUUGGUAAAAGCUUAUUAAAUCACAUUCUUGUGACCAUGCAUUUCCCUACUUGAUCCAUAGUCAAAUACUCUGUGUCAUGCACUGUUCUUUACAUUGAAACCAAAAAUUUUUAACUUUCUUAUAAUCAAUUUUAUAACAAUAU